GGCUAGCGCGGGUGGGGGCCGGGAGCAUGAGAGGAGGAUGAACUCUCAGCCAGAGCUGGGCUGGGGGGGAGAGAGCAGGGCUGGCUAUGCAGGGACCUGCCCGGGGGAGCAGAGACUCCAGCAUUCGCAGCAGAGGCCGCGCAACAUCAGCUGCGCUGGGGAAGAUCGCUGCGUGCCGGGAAGGGAGCUCCCAAUUGCAGGGCCCCACCCGCCGCAUACCCCCUCCCCGGCCGGCCAGCCCCGUCCUUUCCCCGCUCCCUCUUGUUAUCCCGCGGCUGGGCCCAGGCCCCUUUACGCCCCCAGCCAACCUCCAGGCGCCUCUUUCUCCCCAGGUUAUAACUCAUCCUGCUGCAGUCCCUACCUCCGCAGCUCUCCUGACCCCGACUUUCCCGGGGGGGGCCUGCCCCCCUCCUCCUCCGCCUACCCAGCUUGCCUUAUUGGACCCCGCUCCGGGGGUCGGGGAGUGGAUCGGUACCAUGCCUGUAGCCAGGACCCCCCCAGCUGUAACUCUCUGGUGGUGCCAGAAGAUAGAGGGAACCUCUCUCAGGAUGUUUACGGUGACACGAAAACUUUUGAGUGGAUGAGAGUCAAAAGGAACCUUCCCAGAACAGUGAAAUCAGGAGACUGUGGCUUUGCUGGGGAGACACACGCAGUCUCCCCCAGGACAAACUUCAGCACCAAGCAGCUGACCGAACUGGAGAAAGAAUUCCACUUCAACAAGUACCUGACCCGGGCCAGGCGGGUUGAGAUCGCCUGUGCCUUGCAGCUCAACGAAACCCAGGUGAAGAUCUGGUUCCAGAACCGCAGGAUGAAGCAGAAGAAGAGGGAGAGGGCGAGUUUCCCUGAGGGAUCAGCUGGCUGCAAUGGACCGGAGUCCUCCUCUGACAAAUCAGACAUCACCUCCCCGGCUACCUCUCCUAGCAGAAGCAACGAGGCUACCACGCCUCCAAUCUGACCGAGGUUCUCGCUUUGUUAGAACUUCUGAUCUUGGGCAGAGAAACAGCAGAGAGACUUUCCCACCGGUAAAGAUCCACUCAGCCCGUGGCAUUCAUCUUGCUGGGGAAGAGAGAAGGGGGCAGUGCUCCUGGCAAACUUUGCAAUGGACUUGGGGAUGAAAGCACAUCCCAAAAACAUGAGCAGAGACUUCCAAACUCACCACCAUUACCACCACCAAUAGCAAAGGUGCCAGCAUUGUGCGGUUAAAUCCGUGUCCUUCCAAUAGAUGCAGGUGUAUAUUAAUGAAUGCCGUGCUUAAAAAAAAAAAGCCACUUUCCCCUCAAAAUUCGUAGCGCAGAGGUGAAUAGGUCAAUUUUCCCCCCAAAACAUGAACUUUUUACAAAAAAUGCAGCCAACGAAAGGUUUUCACUCACUCUCAAUUCUUUCUGAGUAGUUGUGACAUUUUUUCCACUAAAAGUUUCAAUUACAUUUUUAUUCACGAUAUAUGUCUACUUUUUCCACAAAAAAGUUUCUACAACACCUUUAGUCACAAAAAGAUUACAUUCAUUUUUUCCACCAAAAGGCUCAUUUUUCACGGAACGGUUCGAUGACCUUUUUUUGCUAGAAGUGUUGACAAAUUUUAUGUUGACAAAUUAUUUCCUCCCCAAAAGUUUUGACAUGUGCUUUAUUCACAAUGAGGUUGGAUGAAAAAAAUUUCCACAAAAAUUCUUGACAACGUUGUUUUCGAUGAAUUAUUUUCACGAAAAGUUUCACCAUUUUUUUUUCACCGAAUGGUUCAGUGACAUGUUUUCCACAAACAGUUCUGACAACAAUUUGGGGAAUGAUUUUUUAUAUUUUAGCUCUAAUUCCAAAUGUUCCUAUUUCACUGAGCCCUUUUAGGAGGAAUUAGAGCAAUUAUCUCCUGGGAGUAAUUAUUUUAGAGAUAUGUAAUACUGUUACAUACCAUUUUGGUGAAAUUUCUAGGGAGAAUAAUGUUCUUCAGAAGGAUUUUUAAGACCAGGACAUUUUUUUCCUGAACUCAGCAUUCUGGCCACAGACAGCCAUUCUGGCCAAGGCUGGUUAUCACAUUUUCUUGACUGCCAUCUCUACUCUUGUGUCCACACAUCUAAAUGAUACCCUAGUGGGUGAGUUAACCUUCCCUCUGAUGUGAUACUAAAGGGGCAAGAAGAAUCUGGUCUCAAGCCCACUGAAGUCAGUGGAAAGAAUCUCGUGGUCUUUAAUGCACUUUGGAUCUAAUCCAUCUGAAACAAGUUAUAUGCAGUAUAAUCAGUCGGCUGACACAGAUAUUUGAUCAAGCAAAUAUGAUGUUUCCCCCAUCUUUUAAAUGUGCUUUCCUAGGCCAAAUGCACCUUCAGCACAAAUGGAUAGGAGAGGAAAUGUGAGUUCAAAAUCAGGCUUAGAAAUACAAGAGACAUGGUAAUUGUGCUAUAAAUAACCCCUUCAGUCAGUAAAAGCUUAGAAGUGUAUUAUUUAUUUUCACAUUUCCGAGGUUCUUCAUUAACAUUUAAAUCUCCUAACAGCUGGGAAGAAACGCACUCUUCAUAUUAAAAGUCGAUUUAAUUUAUAGCAAGGAGUAGUUGAGUGAAAGCAACAAAGAAAAUACGAAAAUCAGGGGGGGUUGUCGCAGAACUUUGACAGGACAGCGGUGAUGGGAUGGAGAGUGGGGAAUAGUUGCCUUUUAAAACCUUAAUAAAGAAUUAAAUGGAGGCCAACAUUUUGUCAAGAACAAUCAAUAAUAAGCAUUAUAAUAACCUUAGGUAACGUUAGAGCCACUUAUGCUGAGACAAAGUUUGCACACAGUGCCUCACUUUGGAGAAAUAAUUGGUUAGUUUUCAUCACCACGUUUUUUUAUUAAUUAUUAUUGCUAUUAAUGUUUUACUAUCAAAAUAUAUUUGAGAAAUGCCUUUUGUGCAUGGAGAAUACUGGUUUAUUUUCACUCAGAUCAUAUAUUACAAGAGGCUAACCCAAUGAAAGGACUUAGGUGGCUGAAAAGUACAUUUGAUUAAAAAAUAUACACGGCAUUCUUCAACAGCCGCCGGAUUUAUACCCAAUGUUCUGCUAACCAAACUUCCUUGCCACUCAUCACUGAAAGGAUUAAUGGGGUGGUGGUGGGGUUUCAGCACCUCUAAAUAAUACACCCAUCCGUGGAAUUUCAGGCAGGACAACCCCCAGAAACUGUUGCCUUUUUAAUCCAAUCUUGAAAUUUGCAGUUCACUUCAUUUUGCUGGCAAAAAAAGAAAACACACAUGAAACGAUAGCUAGGAAACCAAAUAUGCUAAUUUGUCACCAAUGCUAUUAUUUUGUCUUUCCCUGUUGCAAAAUUCUAAUCACACUUUGGAAAUGAGCUGUGAGUUGUUCACUAAAGUACUCAUGGUGAAUUAGGGUUGCCGCUGUGUUUUUAAAUGAUUUUUCCUCGCACUGCUAUGUAACUAAAUUUUUAUCUUCUUGCCUGUUUAAAAAUUCUCCUAAUUUGUUAUUUUAAAUUACUCCAUGCGGAAAGAAAAGGUAAAGUCAGACAUUUUGGUGAAACCGUAAAAUGUCUAGAAUCAACACAGGAAAGAAAGAAGAAGUUUAAUUUAAAAUGUUUGGAGAUUGCAAGGUGUCGUUAUGACCACAAUCUAAAACUGGCACAUUGUCCUUUAAACCAAAGAUGUAUAGUGAAUCCAGCUAAAUUCAUGGAACAUGAGACUUCUUUUGACACUGGAGAAUAUUUAAAAGGCAUGUGAAAAUGAAAGGAGCUAUUGCAAAAUGUCUACCUCUUAUUUGCCAGGACUAUCAGAAUGUAUGCAGUGUUGUUGUAGCAGUGUCGGGCCCUGGUAUUAGAGAGACAAGGUGGGUGAAGUAAUAUUUUUGUUUUGGAGCAACUUCUGUUGGUGAGAGAGACAUGCUUUUGAGCUAUGGAGCUCUUCUUCAGGACCUCUGUGUAGCUCGAAAGCUUGUCUCUCUCGCCAGCAGAAGUUGGUCCAGUAAAAGAUAUUCCCUGACCCGCCUUGUCCCUCAGGACUGUCGGAAGGCAGAUAUGGAUUUAUUUAUUGAUUUAUUUAUUUUCUUUCAAUAUGAAGUGGGAUGUGUGUUGUGGUGGGGAGGGAAAAUGGACAUGUGAAAGGAUAACAUUA